UAACAUAUGUUUUUAUUUUGAUUUUUUUAUAUAACCUCAACAUUGGCUAGAAAUACAAAUAUAAAAUAAUUGAAAUUACGUGAAAUAAAAAUAAUGUCACAAAUUGUAGUUAAUCAAUUGACACAUCCACAAAGAGUGAGGAUAUUAUACAAGACAAUAUUAAGGUUACACAGAGGUCUCCCAGAGGAAUUGCGAGACUUGGGUGAUAAAUAUGUAAAAGAUGAAUUCCGAAGACAUUUAAAAUGUACCCCCAUGGAAGCUCAACUUUUCAUGACAGAAUGGGCAAAAUACGCUGUUACAAUCACAAAACAAUUGGGUAUUAGAGGAAAGCCUACGGGUACACUAGGCGAAGACAUAGAUGAGAGAACUGUGGAAAUGUUGAAGGAUGACCAAGCAGUACAACUCUAUGAGUUGAUGUUAGCUGCCAAGGGCCUCGAUGGCGAUGUCAUAACAAAAGAAGAUAUUACGAAUAAAUGAAUGCGGCUUUUUUAA